AUGCACUUCAAGACUAUCUUCAGUCUUAUCGUGCCAGCUCUUGCCUUCUUGGGCGGAGCAGCAGGUUUACCUUCAGGGCAAUAUUCUGACUAUGAAUCAGAAUUUAACAAUGUUGGCCUCACGACUCGCCAAAAUGCGAAGCCUGCCUUGAGAAUCCUGCCCUUGGGUGCAUCUAUUGUCAGCGGUGUUGGAUCAAGCACCGGCAAUGGAUUCCGAAAACCUUUGAGAGAUCAGCUCAGAUUUAAAGGCUGGGAUGUCAACAUGGUUGGCAGUAAGCAGAAUGGAAACAUGAAGGACAGAGACCAUGAAGCUACCAGUGGUUUCAUAAUCGACGAAGCCCGAAAUGCGGCACGCAACUCAUACGGCUACAAGCCUAAUGUUGUUGUGAUGAAUGUGGGCACCAACGACGCGAAUAAGAACAAGGUAGACGGGGCUGGUAGUCGAUUGGAAGGACUACUCAACGACCUUUGGAGUGCCGAUGGCAUGUCCAAAACAUAUGUCGUUGUUUCAUCUGUCAUUCGUCGGAACGAUGCCCAGGCAGAGAGCAAUCGUAAACAAAUCAACGAGCAGUACAAGAAACUGGUCAGCCGUCUCAAGAGUACUGGAAAGCCAAUAACAUAUGUCGAUAUCGACAUUCCGCUGAAUGAGCUGAAUUCAGAUGGCAUCCAUCCCGUCGAUGCUGGACAUAAAAAGAUGGCUGUCAAGUUCUGGUAUGCCAUCGAGUGGGGUUACCAGGCGGGCCUCAUCGUCGAGGCUUCUCCAAUGGCCAAGGCAACAGGCAACACUUGUGACAAGCAACCUGGCCAGGCUCAAUACGGUGGUGUCACUCAAAAGGGCUCAGGCGACGACGACGGCAUCUACUACCACAGCAGCCAGGAGAUGGGAACUAUCUGGUCGUAUACUUCCGAGUUCGAUCGCAACCAGUGGUUCUUCACCAGGCUUUAUGGUUCCAAUUAUGAUGACAUCGUCGGUUGGUGGUAUGCAGACAAGAAGCUGUCCUUCGCCACGUGGAAGAACAACGGCGGUGGCAAGUUCUCCAAGAUCUCUGAUCUGGACACUAAACUCUUCUGCAAUGUUGCUGGCAUCUGGUGGGUUGAUAUCAACGCCGAUGGAUACGAUGAUUUCCUUUGCGUUUCGCCCAACGGAGACACAUUGGCUUCCAUCAACAAUCGAGAUGGAACAGCUACGAGUCCACCCACCUUCACGAAGAUCGGCAUGAUCAAAGGCAACGUUGGCUUUAAGCAAGAUCGUGUUAGAUGGGGCGACAUCGACGGAGAUGGUAGAGCCGACUACAUGGUUGUUGAUAACAGUGGAAACGUUCGUGCAUGGAGAAACUCGGGUACCUCUGACACUCCCUCUUGGCAACCGCUCGGCUUGAGAUUCACCGCAAAGGGCAUGGGCGACCAGCGCGGUGUUCGCUUUGAGGACAUCAAUGGUGAUGGACGCGACGACUGGUUAUGGGUGGACGACAAAGGCGCCACAACAACUUGGACCAACUCUCGAAGCUGCAAGAAGGGAAAGUCAGGCGACGGACUCAACGUCGCUUGGCGUCAAGGUUUCUGGAAGGGCGCCUCCUCCGGGCCUACGCAUGCUGGUGCUGGUGCCGACGGCCGAGACCGAAUCCAUUUUGCUAGGAUUUACGGCGAAGCUGCUUUUGGACUUCUACCCAAGGCAGACUACGUCUAUCUCCAGUCGACCAAGCAAUCCGAUGGAAGGUUCAAGUUUGACAUGAAAGUUUGGAAGAACACUGGCGGCGGUUCCACAAAACUCAAAGCUGAUGGUAACAAGUACUGCAACAUGCAUGGUCAUGACGAUGGACGACAGGACUAUGUUUGGGCUCUGUCUACCGGCAAGAUGACUGUUUGGCCAAACCUGGGCAAGAAGUCAGUCAGCGGCGACAACGAUGUAUUCUGGGGAUCGCCCAAGGAGCUUUGGAACCCUGGAAAGAACUACGAUCGCAGGGAUCUUCAUCUGGUUGACUGGAACAACGACGGUGCAUGCGACAUCGCGUGGGUCGACCCAGACAACAACAACAAGGUUUCUGUCUGGCUCAACAAUUACAAAAAGACAGGAGCUUUCACUUGGACCUACCUCGCCGACCCAGCUCCGCAGCUGAACUGUCCCGAGAAGAGAGGUGUUGGCAUACACGACCUUGCUGUCCGCUUUGCCGACGUCUCCAACAACAAGAUGUCGGACUACAUCUGUAUUCAACCCGAUGGACGAUUCUACGGCUGGACUCACAACAGCGAUGGCUCUUGGGAGAAGAUCGCACAGUUCAAAAAGGCCGAGGGCAUUGAUCGCGCCAACCUUCGCUUCGGUAAUGUCAAUGGACGCGGUGGUGAGGACAUGAUUUGGGUCGACAAGUACACAGGCGACGCCACUGUCUACAUCAACAACGGCAAGAUGGACACUGGCGGCAGCAACUGGUGGUUCUUGAAGAGUGGAAAGCAGUACUCAGGAACAUGGGCCGGUACCUGUCAAUAUUUCCCCGACCUCGAUGGCGAUGGCAGAGCUGAUUUGCACUCCAUCAUGGCUACCUUUGACAACCGCGGAGAAACAUUCUUCAACCGUUGCGGCAUGACAGACACCACGGGUGACGACGCAGGUUGGGCUCCAGGCCAAGACCCAGGGUUCGGAUCCCUACCAUCUCCCAGUGGGGAUGAGACGCCAGGAAGCGGAGGCGGUGUUCCAUCGCUUCCUUCUACUUGCAAGGAGACUUGCUGGAAUGUACUCACAGACAAGGAGACCACGUGCAAAAACGACGGUACGCAAUGGGAUAUCGAACCCAGAGACGACGGCAUCCCAGAGGAUAUCUUGAGCAUCAACAAGCUGGCUGCUAUUGGAGACUCUUACUCGGCUGGUAUUGGUGCCGGAGAUAGGCUUGGAAGUAUAUACGAUGCUUUCAAAUCGGGUAGUGACUUUGCCUGCGCUCGAUACGAUCACGCCUACCCUUAUGUUAUCAACCAAGAUGACCGAAUCGGAGAUCCGUCCAAGCGCAAGUUUCAGUUCCUAUCGUGUUCCGGUGCUGUUAUGAAGGAUGUGGUGGACAAGCAGAUCCCCGAGAUGGAGAGUGGCCAGGACGCGAUUACUCUGUCUAUUGGUGGUAAUGAUGUCGGUUUGAUCAACUUGUUGAACUCAUGCAUUUUCCAAAUGGGUGUUUUCACCAAGGCGCAAGCCGAAGCGGCGAAGCUCAUCGCAGAGGUGGAUAAGGACUAUGCAUGGGCCAAGGACUUUGACUGGGACAGUCUUUCUCGAGGCUGUGAGGCUCAGAUUGAGUACAGCAAGUCGCUCGCUACUUCAGACACCUUUGGUAAAAACCUCGAUGGCGUUCUGUCCGCCGCUAAGAAGAAGUUGAACAAUGGGGCCAAGAUCUAUGUCACAGGGUACGCCAAGUUCUUCUCUGAAGACUUAUCAGAUGAGUGCGACAAGGUCACAUGGACGACAUGGCUUUACAAGUUGGAGAACCUCGGACAGCCCGCCGCGUACUUGACGAAAGCACGACGUUCAGCCAUGAACAAUUUGGUUGACUAUGUCAAUAGCCAGCUUCGCACGGCAGUCGAACGAGCUGGAGAUUCUGUCAGAUUCAUUGACUACGACCAUCUUCUGACAAAGUACCGCGGCAGGUACUGUGAGCCAGGCGUCGACGAGUCAACCAGCGAAUCCAACACCAGACAGGGUCUUAUGUUCUACGAACUCAACUCGUGGGACCCUGCGGGAACGACUCCUUGGAAACGCGACACAGCUGAAGGCGAACUCAGCGGGACCUUUUACGGCGACAUGCUCAUCCUCGCCAAGCUCACGCGGCUGAUGGAUCCCAAGGCCGAGCUUCACCACGACAACGAUAACAAGAGCAAGAGGAGUUUGGUUUCUCGCGCGGAUGUUGUUGAUUACCUUGUCCCCUAUGGUUACGCUCGAGUCUUCCACCCUCAGAUCCCGUUGCAUAAGAAGAUUGCAAAUUUGGUUAUGUUGCAGAUGUCGAUAGACCAUGAUGAUCGAAGGGGUUACGCUAUAUGGACUAAUUCGAACCGGAACACAUAUUGUGCCCUAAAACCAGAAGAGCCGAAACCACCAACAGACACGCCUGCCAAGACAAAGAAAUGGUCCAUGGAAAUCCAUGGACUGUACCCAGGAGGUGUCGACUCGGCAGACUGCACCAGAAAGGAUUCCAGACGGUCCAGGACAGUCUGGGGCUACGAGCUGAACAAGUGCUACAACUUCAAGGAAAUGCCUGAUACAGACUGUCGUGACAUAACUACCUACGCUGAGUUGGCAGAAUGA